AGAAAAAAGCAGGCGCUCCACAGAGAGAAGGUCCUAACCGCCCCAAUUCCUCUGAAACUUCCGCCAGAGAAAGGGCCAUCCAUCGCUGUCACACUUCUCCAGGGAGGUCUUGCUCGUGACUCACUCCUGAGAUCCGUUUCCUAUAGAGUCGCACCAUGAGGCUUGCCACCGUCAUUGUCCUCUGCUCUUUGUUCCUGGGAGUCAGUGGUGAUGGCUGGUAUUCAUUCUUCAAGGAAGCCGUACAAGGGACGUGGGACUUGUGGAGAGCCUAUCGGGACAACCUAGAAGCUAAUUACCAAAAUGCAGACCAAUACUUCUAUGCUCGUGGGAACUAUGAGGCCCAACAGAGGGGAUCUGGGGGCAUCUGGGCUGCUAAAAUAAUCAGCACCGGCAGGAAAUACUUCCAGGGCCUCCUAAACCGGUAUUAUUUUGGAAUCAGGAACCAUGGAUUGGAAACUCUGCAGGCUACCCAGAAAGCCGAGGAAUGGGGCCGCAGUGGCAAAAGCCCCAAUCACUUCCGACCCGAGGGCCUUCCUGAGAAGUUCUGAGCCUGCCACUCAGGCAGCACUCAGUGGACUAGGCUGUGAGCCACAAGCCUUUCUCUGUGAUAGUCACUCGGCUUGGUGUCCACAAGAAGCUAGAGAUGCCCAGUAAACACUUUGCAGAUUAAAUUUGUCGAUGGAAACAGGGAACUCUCAGAAAUACUUUCUGGGGAGAAAGAGUUGCUAUGGAUCACAGAAGAUAAGCAGAGGAAAAAGGUGUGACCACCAGGUAAUGGCCUCAAACCAUGCAGGCCCCUCACACAACCCCACCAGAUCUGCUCUAGCCUUUAACCACACCAAUGUCUGCUAAGCAGGCUUGAGCUAGCAAAGCAUUGCCCACCAUGCAGGGGCUUCUCUGAAAAGUGGAGUUUGCUCUGAGAUAAGCCCUGGGAACCUGCCCAUCAACUUCCCCCUGGACACUGGUCAGGUGUCUCCCUAUCCCGCCAUCUUCUGGUCACAACCAGUCUCUAUUUUAUUGUUGCUCCCACGAAUUUCUGUUUACUGGUGCACCUCUGCCUUAUCAAUCAUGCCCUCUUCACUAACUGCAGGCCUUGUCCCCUGAGACCUCUUUCAAGUAGGGAACGCUAUGUCGAGAAUGCCUCAUCUUAACCUUAGGAACUCUAACUUGGAAACUGCACUGGGGACCAGGGAUAUAGUUUGGCAUAGUGCUUGCUUAGCGUGCAUGCAUAUAUCUCUAGGUAGAUUCUCAGAACUGCAUAAAUCUGGUGAUGGUAUACAUUUAUAAUCCUAGUACUGGGGAGGCAGACAGAGGCUGGCAGACCAGAAGUUCAAGGCCAGCCCUGGCUAUGUAUUGAAUUUGAUUUUGAGAUCAGUUUGGGAUACAUGAGACCCUCUGUCCCCAUAAAGUGUACAUACACACACACACAC